AUGGACUGCCCUGAUGACUGCCCUGAGACAUGCUUCGCCAGCUGCACCGAAUACGACUGCAAAGCUGUUUGCGCGUGCGACCAACCGGGAGCAGCGUGCGGCGACCCACGCUUCAUCGGCGGCGACGGCAACGCGUUCUACUUCCACGGCCGCAAGGAUGCCGACUUCUGCGUCGUCUCCGACCGCGACCUCCACAUCAACGCGCACUUCAUCGGCAAGUCCGGCCACAGCGGCAUGUCCAGGGACUUCACGUGGAUCCAGGCCAUCGCCGUGCUCUUCGACGGACACCACCUCUACGUCGGCGCCAGGAAGACCGGCACCUGGGACGACGCCGUCGAGCACCUCGAGAUCACCCUCGACGGCGAGCCCGUGCACCUCCCGGCUGACCAGGUCGACACUGCCAAAUGGACGUCCAGCCGCGUCCCGGCACUAUCCGUGACCCGCACCAAGGCGGCCAACGGGGUGCUCCUCGCCCUCGACGGAAAGUUCAGCGUCAGGGUCAACGCCGUGCCCAUCACCGAGGAGGACUCAAGGGUGCACCGCUACGGCGUCACCUCCGAUGACUGCCUCGCCCACCUCGAGCUCGCCUUCAAGUUCGACGCGCUCACCGACGACGUCCACGGUGUUGUCGGCCAGACGUACCGCUCCGACUACGUGAACAAGCUCGAUGUCAGGGCCUCCAUGCCCACCAUGGGAGGAGAUGCCAGCUUCACAGCUUCCAGCCUGUUCGCGGCUGACUGCGCCGUGGCGCGCUUCGGAACCAUCCGUAGCAACAACGAAGCUUCCGUCAUGUCGGAGCUCGCUGGGAUCACCUGCGCCAGUGGCAUGGACGGCCAAGGUGUGGUGUGCAAGAAGUAA